UUGGAGCAGCGCCUGGAGCUCGGAACCAGAACCCAGAACCCCCUGGACUCUGGUGCCUGGUAGCUGGCUGUGGCCAAUCAGAGGCUGGGAAUGCCCAGUCCCCCUGCUAUGUUUAUGAAGCAAUAAUCCAAGGUCUUCCCCACAAGGUGGGGUCAGUAACUGCAUGUUUCUUUGUGGCCCAGACUGGUGGGGGCCACCUUCAGACCCUUGGGAGUUCAGUGCAGGCUGACCCCGCUUCCCAGCCUGCUGGAGGGCAGACGGGGGGGGGGGGCAGAUGGGGAGAGCACCAUCUACCACCUCCAGGAGGGCCUCCAGGUCUCUGCAAACCUGUGAAUGAGCCAGACACCAGCUGCUGUUACCCGGUGCCUGGCGUGAGAAGGAGGCACCGCUGGCAUGCCCUCAGCCUGAGCACGGCGGCCCCCGCCCCCGCCCCCCGCCACCCUGCACUGUCCCGGCUCCCCUGAGGCCCCCACACUGCAGUGCGGCCAGGCCCCCUCCCCGCAGGGGCCGCCCCUGCCGCCCACGCCUGGUGCCCGGGGCGGCCCGGCCCGCAGGGCCAUGAAGCUGCAGGCUGUGAUGGAGACGCUCCUGCAGCGGCAGCAGCGGGCACGCCAGGAGCUGGAGGCCCGGCAGCCUGCGCCGCCCGAGCUCCCGGCCGGGCCCCCAGCCCGGGCCAGGGCCGCCCCGGACGAGGACAGAGAGCCAGAGAAGGCCCGGAUGCAGCGGGCCCAGAUGGCCGCGCUGGCGGCCAUGCGGGCCGCUGCCGCAGGCCUGGGACACCCGCCCAGCCCCCGUGGCUCCGAGGACGGGCCGCCCGGCUCCGAGGACGAGGACGCGGCCCGGGAGGGGCCACCAGGCUCGCCCGCGCCCCCGGCCCGAGGCAGGGAGGCACCGGGUCCUGCGGAAGGCGACGGGCACCUGGAGGAGGCUGGCUCUGACGGCGACCUGAAGCCGAGAUGGGAGGAGGAGGAGGAGGAGGAGGAGGAGGAGGAGGAGGAGCUGGAGGAAGACCUGGAGGAGGAGGAGGAGGAGGAGGAGGAGGAGGAAGAGGACUUCGAGGACGAGGAGGGGCUGGGGCCCCCGGGCGCCUCCGGCCUGGGCCCCGCACCCCUCGUCCCCCGCAGGGCCCCGCUGUCCCAGGCUUUCCGGGCUGACAGCGGGCCCCGGGCGCUGGGCGGCCAGGAGCGCCCCGGGGCCAGCCUGGCCCACGCCGGAGGGGCCGCCCACGGGGCGCCGCAGCUGCAGCCGCCGGACCACGGGGACUGGACGUACGAGGAGCAGUUCAAGCAGCUCUAUGAACUGGACGGGGACCCCAAGAGGAAGGAGUUCCUGGACGACCUGUUCAGCUUCAUGCAGAAGCGAGGGACGCCUGUGAACCGCAUCCCCAUCAUGGCCAAGCAGGUGCUCGACCUGUUCAUGCUGUAUGUGCUGGUGACCGAGAAGGGCGGCCUGGUGGAGGUCAUCAACAAGAAGCUGUGGCGGGAGAUCACCAAGGGCCUCAACCUGCCCACGUCCAUCACCAGCGCUGCCUUCACCCUGCGCACCCAAUACAUGAAGUACCUGUAUCCCUACGAGUGUGAGAAGCGCGGCCUGAGCAACCCCAACGAGCUGCAGGCGGCCAUCGACAGCAACCGGCGCGAGGGCCGGCGCCACAGCUUCGGGGGCUCCCUGUUCACCUACUCGCCGGGUGGCGCCCAUGGCGUCCUGUCCUCCCCCAAGCUGCCCGUGCCCUCGCUGGGCCUGGCCGCCAGCACCAACGGCAGCUCCAUCACGCCGGCCCCCAAGAUCAAGAAAGAGGAGGACUCGGCCAUCCCUAUCACCGUGCCCGGCCGCCUCCCGGUCUCCCUGGCGGGUCACCCCGUGGUGGCCGCCCAGGCGGCAGCGGUGCAAGCGGCGGCGGCCCAGGCAGCCGUGGCGGCCCAGGCAGCCGCCCUGGAGCAGCUUCGGGAGAAGCUGGAGUCUGGGGAGCCGCCCGAGAAGAAGAUGGCGCUGGUCGCUGACGAGCAGCACCGGCUCAUGCAGCGGGCGCUGCAGCAGAACUUCCUGGCCAUGACCGCCCAGCUGCCCAUGAGCAUCCGCAUCAACAGCCAAGCCUGUGAGAGCCGCCAGGACUCGGCCGCGAACGUGACGAGCCCCAAUGGCAGCAACAGUAUUAGCAUGUCGGUGGAGAUCAACGGGGUCAUGUACACAGGAGUGCUGUUCGCCCAGCCGCCGGCGCCCGCGCCGCCCCCGGCUCCCGGCAAAGGCGGCGGCGGCCGGGGCGGGAGCAGCGGGACCAGCAGCGGCGCUGGCAGCCAGGCCAGCCUGUCCACACCCGCCACGUCUGCUACCUCAAAUAACUCACUGCCUUAACCGCCCCGCCCCCCCGCCCCCCGCCCGCCUGGGUGGUGGGGGCUCGAGGUGGGCCGAGCCGGGGCCGGGAUGACGGAAGAUACGGGUGGGGAGGGAGGCAUCCGCAGAGGAGCCACAGCUGACGCCAAAAAGAAAAGAAAAAAAUAUAUACAUAUAUAUAUAUAUAAAGAAAAUUUAAUAAAACAGGGGAAAACCAAGGAACACUUGAAUUACUCAGGUUUUGGACAUUCAGAGACGUGACUCGUGAGAGCAGCAAAGGAAAUUGGAAAGGAGAGAGGCGCCUGUCUCCUCGGGCCUCCGCGCAGCGCUGCGGGCCGCCGGGCUGGGGGCCGGGCUGCGCCGGGACCAGCCGCUGCGGGAGGCCGUCCUGUUUACCUCAUGCAUCUCUGCACUGUGUGUUUUCAUUUUUGUCUGUUUUAUUUUCCCUUUUUUUUUCUCCCAUUCAUCACACACCACAGCCAGAUCCUUGUGUUGAAUGAAACCCCUGAGCCACGAUCAGUAGAAUUUUUUUUCUCAUUGCUUUUAGGGAACUUUUUUUUUUUAAAGAAACAGUGAUACUCAAACUCUAUAGGGUUUUUAAGAGGUUUCGGGGUUUUGUUUUGUAAAUAAUCUAUUUUAUUCUUGGGGGAGGAAUCAAACUUUAGAAAAGGAUAUAUAUCUAUAUAUUUGUGUUCAUUCAGGGAAACUGGACUUAAAUGCAAAAAAAAAAAAAAAAAGAAGAAAAGAAAAGUAAUACCCUUGUUAUUUUCCCAUAACUGAUUUGGGUCCCUUUGUGCGUGUCCCGUAGCGCGGGGGCAGCUAGCAGGCCCAGAGCCAGGAGAGGUAAUGAACUCAGGUGCUGUGGGGGGCGGGGGCGGGGUGCGAAUGCUGAGCGGCGGCCGUGGCUUCCGAGCGUGGCAUCGUGGUCCGGCUUCUCUUGCUGUGCUGUGUGUGCUGGCCCUCCCGGCAGGCGGAGGCUGCAAGUCUUAAGUGGAAAGCGCAGGGCGAAGGCCCGGCCGUGGGAGGGAGGGAGGGACCCACUGUGGCAGCCACGGGCUCCUGUCUCAGGGUCUCAGGGAUGAAUGUGGCCUGGGGGCUCUUGCGUGAAAGGGCUGCUUUGGGAGCUUAUCCGUACUGGGGACUGGGUGAGCCGGGCUUAGCUCAGGGCGAGGUUUUUGGGGCCACGGCACCCUGAGCCCCCUCAGUUCUCUGCUGCCGUGUUCUCUCUCUGCCCCUUUUGCUUUGGGCCACAGCUCCCGCAGGAACCGGGGUAACUGAGUGGGGACCACACCGGUCCCCACAUGCCGGCCUCCUGGUUAGAAGGUGGGUUGGGGAGAAGGGGGUUAUCGCAGUGGCUGGGGACGGGCUUCAAGGGGUGCAGCGUCAGCCCCAGGUGGGUCUGGGGACUUUCUUGGCCACCCUGCCGUCACCCGGUCCCCGAGGACCGGGUGGUGUUGGGUAGUGUUUUUCAUGCGGUGCCAGAUUUAUCGUUCCCCGGGGGGGGGGGGGGGGGGGGGGGGAACCUGUGCUCCCUAAUUCCUAAUUGGGCUCAGGAGGCCAGCCUCCCCGCCCCAGGCAUCACCAUGUAGCCUUGGAGACCUGAGGGGGGAGGUCCGGAGCCCCCAGGUCUGGGUUUUCUUUUAUGCGGGGCUUCGGUGUGUCUUGGGAAGGCAGCCCCUUUCUCUGGAAUAUCUCAGGGUCGUUGACACCCCACACCCCACCCUUCCAGGAAUGGGUGGCAAGAGUGGGCUUUCCUCUCUGCUUUUCCUUCUGGAAGGUUCUGCCCUUCCCGUCUGUCACUGCAGCAGCACAAUCAUUGGGUUGGGGUGUCUCUUUGUGUCGGGCACAGUCGGGGCCUUCUCUGUUCCUUCUCUGCCCCACACCUGUCCCGGGGGCGCCCUGGGCCCACGUGUGGGGGGGGUGUCUGCAGCGCAUUUCUUCCUACCUCAGGUCUGACUUGAUGCCAAAACCCAAGCCCGGGACAGACACCUGUCCCCUCGACCUACCCCCCCCCGCCCCCGCUGGGGAAGCCUGUGCGUCCGCUUUGCUCAUGCGUGUGCUGUGUGUCCACGUGUGUCAUGUGGGUGGUGUGGCCUCCCGGAUGUAAGGCAGGGUGUGGCCCGCUGUCCCAGUGGUGACUGUAGGGACAGGUGGGGGCGGGGCACGGGGGCGGGUCCCACCCAUCAGGCCACAGCCACAGGCCGCCCCUGUCUGCCUUCAAACCCCUGCCGCUCUGGUCUGGGUUAGGGGAGGGGAAGCUUUCUGGGGUGCGGAUGGGCACCCCGUAUGCAAACGCAGGUGGGGCUGGGGGCCGCUGUGUCCGCUCCUGGACACAUCCAGAGCGGGUGCGGGCAGGGAGGGGGGCCCAGACUCAGAGACUCAGGGCAGAGAGGGGCUCACUGGGGCUGUCCUGCUGGAGAGGUUGCUUCUAGAAUCUUCCAUGCGCCCACCCCCAAGCUGGGGGCCGGGCUGUCUGAGGGCUGGCCGGCAGGUUAGUCUCCAUUCUUCUGCGUUUGUACACCCACUUUCCACUGUAUCGUUUUUGCCCACCAUUUUUUCCUCUCUUGACUUUGCUUUUGCAUGUUUCCUGGCAAACAUGAAUUCAGCCUUUCAUUCCCGACAGAAAUUUCAGGUUCUCUGGGGUUUGUCAGACGGCGUGGGUACCACGCCAGGACUCAGGUUAAAGUGGAAAAAAAAAAAAAA